ACACAGUAUAAGUGAGUACUGAACGUUAUACAGGUUCAAGCCAUAUCAAUUCUGUGGUUCAUUGUAGGGUUCUUCUAAUUUUACAGAGACAAUGAAGCUCUUAUGUUACACAGUUUUACUUUUGUCAGCAGUGGCUGUUCAUUCUCAGGAUGAGUGGACAGUGACAGAAACACCAGGAGAAGAUGAAGGGGCAGCAGGAGACUGGCCACUUCAGCAUCCUGGACAUCCAGUAAGGGAUCCUGACUUCAGUUCUUAUGAGGCUGGACCCUCUCAUCCUCAGUCCAUCAGACACAGAGGUCCUCCAAGACAUCACAGGCCCAUGAUGAAACCCAAAACUGAUUUAAUUUGGCAAUUAAAAUGCAUUUUCUGGAAGCUUUUCCCGCACCUGAAAACUACAACAACAGUGGCUACUGAAACUACACCUACAACUGCUACUACUACACCUACAACUGCCACUACUACACCUACAACUGCCACUACUACAACAGCUUCAACAACUACUACUACAGCUGCAACAACAACUACUCCAACAACCACUACAACUACUACUGAUCCUAGGGGGGAUUCUAGGAUCCGACCAGUGAGAGAGCUCAGAAAACACAAAAUAUUGUUUUAGAAAAUAAAAACAGUAACUGCUUCUUCGUAAAAGUAUUCAGUUGCUUUUGCAUGUUUAACAAGGAAUCCACUUCUAACAUUUUUCUCCUCUUCCAAACAUUGUAUAUUCACACUCACUUCACAUGUAAAUCACUUUAUUCUUAGUCUUUCCUGCCGAAUAAACAUUCUAUAAAAUGA